AUGGCGCCUAUGUCGAGACAAGGUACCAUUCUGCCGGUGGAUAUCUAACCGUACAGGAAGCACCGAACCAGUCUCCUCUGGCCAAUGCGUUCGUCGAAGCUGGCCGAGAGAUGGGCUACGAGGCGAUAGACAUCAACGGAGAACAACAAACUGGUUUCAUGGUCGCUCAGGGAACAAUCAGAGACGGCAGUCGGUGUUCGACGGCCAAGGCCUUCCUGCGGCCAGCCAAGUCGCGCAAGAAUCUACACGUCGCCUUGGAGGCACACGUUACGAAAAUUUUGAUAGAUCCAUCGUCGAAGAUCGCCUACGGCGUGGAGUUCGUCAGAGAUGGAGAAACGUUGCGCGUUCACGCGAGUAAAGAGGUGAUCGUGUCGGCGGGUGCCGUGAACAGCCCUCAGUUGCUGAUGCUGUCCGGAAUAGGGCCUAGAGAACAUUUGUCGCAACACGGGAUACCAGUGAUCCAGGAUCUGAGAGUGGGCCAUAAUCUUCAAGAUCACAUAGGCUCGCUAACACCUACGUACACAGUGAACGAAACAGUUUCGUACAUCGAGAGCGAGAUAUACAACGCCUACGACAUCCUAAAUUACGUGAUCUUCGGAAAGGGCCCUCUGACCGUGUUAGGCGCUGUCGAGAGUUUCGGCUUCGUCAAUACCAAGUACGCGAACGCCUCCGACGAUUAUCCGGACAUAGGGUUCCUCUUCGUCGCGGCGUCGAUCAACACUGACAACGGUAGGAAUGUAUGGAGGAAUAUAGGGAUGAGGAGGGAGACUUACGAGGCGAUGUUCAACGAGUUGAACGACACCUGCACGUGGACCGUGCUUCCAAUGCUUCUAAGACCGAGAAGCAAAGGUGCCGUCAAGCUUCGAAGUGACAAUCCCUUUGACCAUCCGUUGAUAUAUCCAAAUUACUUGGAUCAUCCGCUCGACGUAGCGACACUGGUCGAAGCGAUGAAAUUUUUGGUCGAGUUUAGCAAAACUGCCCCGCUCAAGCGUUACGGAAGCGAAAUCAAUCCGAAAUUGUUCCCUGAUUGUGAGAAUAUCCCAGUGUUUACCGACCAAUAUUGGGAAUGCGUUGUCAGACAUUACACGCUGACUAUCUAUCAUCCGGCUGGCACUUGCAAGAUGGGCCCCUCCUCGGAUCCAGAGGCCGUGGUGGAUCCUCAGCUUCGAGUUUACGGAGUGAAGAGACUUCGAGUUGUCGAUGCGUCUAUUAUGCCAAAUGUAGUCAGUGGUAACACGAACGCGCCGGUUAUUAUGAUCGCGGAGAAGGCUUCUGACGUGAUAAAGGAAGAGUGGUCGAGUGUAUGCUCUGAACAGUCAGCGGAUCAUUGCACUGUAUAG